AUGCCACGCUAUUAUACAUGGAACGCUGCAUCGAAGAAGUUUCAAUGCCGAAAGAAAGGUGAUGCUGUUGCUGGCUUCAUUGAUGUCUGUUCGACUGAUGCCCUCGGACGAAUAUACACAGUUCAUCCACGCCAAGACGAAUGCUUCUAUCUUCGCUUGCAUUUGGUGAACAUUAGAGGCCCUACAUUGUUCGAUUCCCUGCGUACUGUGGAUGAUGUGCUGUGCGCCACUUUUCGGGAGGCUUGCCAACGUUUGAAUUCGCUCGAAAACGAUACACAUUUGGACUCAACGCUCGCCGAUGCAACUGUUUCUGCGCCAGCCAAUCAAAUUCGUACAUUGUUUGCGAUCAUCAUAGCUACAUGUCAUCCGUCGAACCCGACGGCAUUGUUCGACAAAUACAAGGACGAGAUGACGGACGACAUUUUGCACAAAGUUCGCACGACAACUUCGAAUUUUGAUCUCGAAAUUAACAACGAGAUUCGCAACGAAGCAUUAGUUUUGAUCGAGGACAUGUGCGUGCUCAUCUGCGGCAGUCUGCUGUCGACAUUGGGAAUUCUAGCGCCAAAUCGUUAG